AUGAAGGAUAAGGAAAAUAUAAGUAGUGAUUUUUGUUGUAAAAUGCCUGAAGAAUCAGCUUCCAGUCGUGAUGAAAUAAUAAUUGGUGGAAUUGAAGGAGGCGGUACCCAUUCAUCUCUGAUAAUAAUGGACGGCAAUGGAAAUCAACUUACACAUAUCAAAGGUCCCGGUACAAAUCAUUGGGGUUUGGGUAUGAAAGAAACUGCUACGAGAAUAAACAACAUGAUCCUGAGAGCGAAAGAAACUUUAAACAUCCCCGAAUCACGUCUGUUAGAUUGUGUUGGGUUGUGUUUGAGUGGCUGCGAGGAGCAAGAAACUAAUUGCAAAUUAAUUGAAACCUUGACAAAAGAAUUUCCGUAUGCCAGUAAAGACUACGUAAUUGGAUCAGACACGAUGGGAAGCUUGAAAACUGGUUCUGAUUCCGGAGGCAUAGUUCUUAUUGCGGGAACAGGAAGCAAUAGUUUGUUAAUUAAUUCAGACAAUACUACGCAUGGAUGUGGAGGCUGGGGUCAUAUGAUCGGUGAUGAAGGCGGAGCUUUCUGGAUUGCUCACAAAGCUUGUAAAUAUGUAUUUGAUGACAUGGAUGGCUUGCACAAAGCUCCACACUCUACAGCAUUCAUUUGGGCGGCUAUGAAAGCAUUUUUCCAUGUAAAUAGUCUCAACGAAAUGCUUCCACAUUUAUAUUCUAAUUUUGAUAAAAGUAAAUUUGCAAUGUUUACAAAAGAAAUUGUUGCGGGAUGCGAAAAAAAAGAUCCACUGUGCGAAACUUUGUUUACACAAACUGGACAGUAUCUUGCACGAUAUGUCAAUACGUUGGUCGCCAAAGCUCACAAUGAUGUAAAGACAGCCCCGGGAGGCUUAAAGGUCAUCUGCGUUGGGUCAGUUUGGAAGUCGUGGAAUUUUAUGGAAAAAGGUUUUACGAAAGAGAUCCAAGAAGGAUGGUUGGUUGAUGAAUUGACUUUAUUACGAUUGAAAGCACCUUCAGCGAUUGGCGCUUGUUACGUUGCGGGAGAAAAAAUAUCUUGUGAAAGUCUUGUUAAGACACAUGAUAAAAAUUCCGAGGGUUUUUUUCAUUUUAAACGAGGCACUGAACCGAAGAACGGAACACCUGUUGUGGCUAUUGACAAUAUUUACGAGGCUAUCAGUGUUGCUGCGUCAUAA